UACUGCCAUUCCUUGACUUUCUUUGUCUCCUGACGAAGAAUUGACCAUGGCUUGACGAUGAAUUACCUGUUGGUUUGAUGAUAUUUUUAUAGACGGCUUAAAUUAGCCUUCCUGAGUGCCACAACCUCGUCGAAGGAUCCGUCGAAGGAUCCUUGCUUAUCGUCGAUCUGCUGUGACCCGUCACAUGUACAUCGUAACUCAAUCACUGCAGCCACUGUCCUACAACCACCGUGACAAUGAGGCCAUCCGACGACCAUGGAGAAACCUCUGAAUGUCUUCCCAUGACCCGCUCUCGAUCCGUAUCCGCCGCAUCUCAAACCUCCACCGACUCGAGUCUAUCUACCGAAUCCCUCUUCCCAGGAGAACAGAAACCCUUCGCCAACGCCAAAGAGACAAUGGCACUAGCCGACGAAGACCAAUACCGCGACCUCGAGGACGGCGAGGCGGAACAAACAGAACCAUUCCUCGCGUCGUCCAAGAAAGCUGCCACCGGAGGCGGUCGAGCACGGCGGAUAUUCUGGAUCCUGGUCCUUCUCUGCCUUGGAGGCUGGCUGCUUGCCUUUGUCCUGUUUUUAACAGGGGGACGAGCGAACUACCAGACUGCUUCGGACGCGUUACAGGCGCACGGAGCCGACUCGACGUUGGGUAGCACGAGCACGAGCUCCGGCAAGCCUGUCACGUUGCAGCAGGUGCUCGCGGGGCAAUGGAAUCCUCGGUACCAUGCGAUCGGGUGGGGCGGGGAUGAGAAGCAGGGGUAUCUCCGGGUGGAUGAUAUCCGGAGUCGAAAGGGCAAUGACACGGGUCGGGAGAGCAGGGUGCUGAUGAGGAAGCCCAUCGUGCACGUGGACGGGAAGGCGAUUAUUCCCAGCAACGUCUGGCCGAGUCCAGACUUGAAGAAAGUGCUGUUGAUAUCCGAGCAGCAGAAGAACUGGAGGCACUCGUUCACCGGGAAGUAUUGGGUGUUGGACGUGGAUUCUCAGACAGCGCAACCGCUGGAUCCCAGCGCUCCGGAUGGUCGAGUGCAGCUCGCGCUUUGGUCUCCUGCCUCUGAUGCAGUCGCCUUUGUUCGGGACAAUAAUUUGUACCUGCGGAGACUCUCGUCGGACAGCGUUGUCGCGAUUACCAAGGAUGGCGGGGAGAACCUUUUCUAUGGUGUUCCCGAUUGGGUGUCUGAGGAGGAAGUGAUAUCGGGGAACAGCGUCACAUGGUGGUCGAAUGACGCCAAGUAUAUUGCUUUCUUCAGAACAAAUGAGACGAGUGUGCCUGAGUUUCCGGUGCAGUACUACAUCUCGCGACCAUCUGGGAAGAAGCCUCUCCCGGGUUUUGAGAAUUACCCCGACUUCUACGAUGUCGAGAAGAACGAGGUCUUCUCGGUCGAAGUAGCAGACGACUUUGCCGACGAUGACCGCAUCAUCAUCGAGAUCUUGUGGGCCUCCGAGGGCAAAGUCCUCGUGAGAUCGACCAACCGCGAAAGCGACAUUCUCAAGGUGUAUCUGAUCGACACCAAGUCCAGGAGAGGCAAACUGGUCAGAUCCGAAGACGUUGCCGGUCUUGACGGUGGUUGGGUUGAGCCUUCGCGGUCCACACGCUUCAUCCCGGCGGACCCUGAUAAUGGACGACCGCACGACGGGUACAUUGACACCGUGCCAUACAACGGAUAUGACCACCUUGCAUACUUCACGCCACUCGAUAGCCGCAACCCCGUGAUGCUCACAUCGGGCGAGUGGGAAGUGGUGGACGCACCGGCUGCCAUAGAUCUACAAAGGGGCCUGGUGUACUUUGUCGGCACGCGGGAAGCACCCACCCAGCGUCAUGUCUACCGUGUGCAGCUGGACGGGUCGAAUCUUAAGCCUUUGACCGACACCUCCAAACCAGGCUACUAUGACGUCUCCUUUUCACAUGGCACAGGCUACGCGCUUCUCACGUACAAAGGGCCCUCUAUCCCCUGGCAGGCAAUCAUCAACACGCAAGGCGACGGAAUCACGUACGAAGACCGAAUCGAAGAGAACGCACAGCUCGCCAAGAUGGUAGAGGCGUACGCGCUGCCGACUGAGAUCUACCGAAACGUCACCGUCGACGGCUACACGCUGCAGCUUGUUGAGCGCCGCCCUCCACACUUCAACCCGGCCAAGAAAUACCCCGUCCUGUUUUAUCUGUAUGGCGGACCGGGCUCGCAGACCGUGGACCGCAAGUUCACCGUUGACUUCCAGUCCUACGUCGCCUCCAGCCUGGGCUACAUCGUCGUGACCGUCGACGGCCGCGGCACAGGCUUCAUCGGCCGCAAGGCCCGCUGCAUCGUCCGUGGUAACCUAGGCUUUUACGAGGCGCACGACCAAAUCGCCACUGCGAAGAUGUGGGCGGCAAAAUCAUACGUCGACGAAACCCGCAUGGCGAUCUGGGGAUGGAGCUUUGGGGGGUUCAUGACGUUGAAGACUCUUGAACAAGAUGCUGGCCAGACCUUCCAGUACGGAAUGGCCGUUGCCCCCGUCACAGACUGGCGGUUCUACGACUCAAUCUACACAGAACGAUACAUGCACACCCCGCAGCACAAUCCGAGUGGGUACGACAACUCGACGAUAUCCGACAUGGCCGCCCUGUCCGAGAGCGUCCGCUUCCUCGUCAUGCACGGUGCGUCGGACGACAACGUCCAUCUACAGAAUACCCUUGUGUUAAUCGACAAGCUGGACUUGUCGAACGUCGAGAACUACGAUCUGCAGUUCUACCCGGACUCGGAUCAUAGCAUCUACUUUCACAAUGCGCACACCAUGGUCUACGAGCGUCUUUCGGACUGGCUCGUCAACGCGUUUAAUGGUGAAUGGCAUCGGAUAGCGAACCCCGUGCCGGACGAGUCAAUGUGGGAGCGUAUGAAGCGGUCGCUGCCGUUGCUGUAUCCUUAGGACAG